AUGGUCGCGCAAUACGGGUCCGGGCCCGGCGCUGCUGCUGCCGGCCUUGGUGUUGGUUCACUUGGGGUUGGCGGCGGCGACCGGGAUGUGUCGACACUGGCGUUACGGGGACCAUCCUCGGUCGUGGGCGGCGCUGGUGGCACCGGCGUGCGGGCAACACACCGGGACAGCUACAGCCACCACGGUCAUGGCCAUGGUCACCACGGCAGUAACAACAACAACAACUUUAGCUCGUCAACCUCGUACGUCUCGUCACGAACCCGAAGAUAUAACCGCUCCCACGCCGGCGGCGCAUCGUUCGUCCCGCAAAACGAAUUCCCCAUCUUCAGCCACAGCGGCGAUGUCGAGAUCGUCGUGCGCGUCCCCUGCGGACUCGAGAACCGGUACCUACUGCAUCGACAUAUUUUGACGAGGUGUUCGGGUUUCUUCGAGGCCAGCACCAGCCAGGAAUGGUCGCGCGCCCAGACGGUUUCAGGAGGAGGAGUACCAGAGUUGCCCGCGCCGGGCAGCGCAUCGAAGGCACUGGGUGGGAACGGGAAUGUGGCAGAAACAGGAACAGUAGCCAGGACGACGCAGGACUCAACCCCCAAAAAGCGAUGGCGAUACGAACUCGACACCGGCACCGACGACAACGACAUCCCCAUGCUCGUGCAAAAGGAAGAGUCCUCCCCACCACCAAUACCUACACCCGCUGGUCCACCACCAACCCAAUCCUCCAUCUUCGGCAACGGCUCAGGGUCAGGGCCCUCAGGAAGCCGACACCGCAGCAACAGCCAAAAAUCCACCCACCAAUCCAACUCCUUCUUCCGCUCCGUCGCCAACCUCAGCCUCUCGCACUCCUCCCAGCGCCAUCACCACAACAACCCUCCCCCGGCAAGGGAAGAACCCUCCCAAGCAGACCUCGACCUCCUCCGCGACUACGACAACCUCUUCCGCAUCAUGUACAACUACCCGCCCACGCUCGACCCCAUUUCUUUGCCCGACGCCUACGUGCAGUGCAAGUCUCUGCUGCAGCUAGCAGACCAGUACGAUGCGCUAGCGGUCGUCGGGCCGCGGGUCGAUCACCACUUGCUGCAGUUCCAGUCGCGGUUGUGGCGGCAGAUAGCUAAAUACCCCAUCUCCUAUCUCCGGCUGGGCUAUCUGGCAAGGAGCAAGGUCAUCUUCCAGGAGGCGCUGAUUCACGUUGUGGGCCAGUGGCCCGCGGGCGAGAGGAGUAUAAGAGCAGCGAUGCCCGAGUCGGUGGUGGAUAUCAUUGAGGAUAAAGUCGAUGAGCUCGAAGAGGUCGUCUCGCGGGUGGAAGCACGACUGUUCCGCUUGGGCGUAACGGGUAGAGCAGGGGAGAGGGUAGGACCGGGCAAUGGUUACGUCGAUUGGCUAGCUGUGUCCUUUUUCAGGGAGUGGUUGGCCGAGAAUACCUCCCCGCCGCCUUCGGCCGAGUAUACCUCCACCAAACACCCACCAGCCAUCCCCGAACGAACCCGCGGCGGACAUCGUAGCGGCGGCAACGGCCCGCCGGGAAGUAGGGCCCGCCACAACAGCUCCAGCUCCGGCUCCGCCUCAGGCUCCAACUCCAACUCCAACUCCGCCCGCGGCGACCCAUACGCAGCAGCACCCAACGCUACACCAAGUCACCUCUCAACAACCCCGCUCGCCACUUUAGGCCGCACUUUUCGUCUGUUGGGCGGUUCGCCGAAGGAAUACCUCACCCACGACGACUGCAAGCGCUUUUUGAAACUAUCACCCGAGUUAUACAACCGCGACAACCUAAGGCGGUUUGAGAAGAGGAUUGAGGAGCUCAAGGCGAUGGCGAGGGAGGUGCACGCGAAAUAUUUGAAUGCGAACGGAUACCCAACAAGCAUCAUAUCUUAA